GUAUAACAUAUAGCCACUCUUGGAUGAACGUCAAAAUUCUACUGUUGCCAUUCACAUACUAAACUAACAUAAUACAGUCGAAACUUUACACUGACAACACAUUAUAGUAAAUCCUAAAAUAAUACAUUUAUCAAAGUUUUCACCAACAUCUAGAUAUGCACAUACACAUCCCUGCACAUCAUUGUACUACUGUAUUUGGAUAGUAUUUAGUGUAUUUUCAUCUGUUACUUUAUAUUUACUCUACUAUUUUAAUGUCUGGUUAUGUUAAAAGUGUCGGAAUGAGCAACAUGUAAAAUUCCAUGUAUGUGCAAACCCACUUGGCCAAUAAAAUGUUAUCCAUCUAAUCUAAAUAAUCAUGAUGGAGGAUUUUGAGGAAUCUGGUUUCAGGCAAGUAUGUGUAUGGAUCUAUUUGUUAUUAAUGUUGUACCAUUCAUUCAUGACUUCUCACUCAUUGUUAGCAGUUCUUGUGGUUCCUUUGUGUCCUCACUAAUUUGUAUCAGUCUCCUGGACUUUCCCUGGGUCUGGGACCUUGAUGUAUGUUCUUAUUAGCUCUGGCAGUAAUCCUUUCCUCCACUGGUGUCACAUUUCCCUCCAUAUGAUUCUGCUGUCUUAAACUGUCCUUACUUUGACCCCUCAUGAGUCACCCCUCCUUUCACUCCACACUGCAUGGCCUCCAUGCAUCAGCCAAAUACGGGAAGCAGCAGAGCCCAUGUUGCUGACCCCCCGAUCAGCCACUCUGGAACUGGACUCCAUCAUGCAGACUCUACUGGGUCUGGAUCUGGGGAUGGAAACAAGAAAGAAGAGGAGGCGAAGGACAAGGCAGAAGGACAAGUACCAAUGGUGGAGAUAAGUGUGCCAAAGGCGUCUGAUCAGUCAUCUGACAAAACACCCAAGUCCAACCAGUCUGGUGCCUCCAUAGACGACCUCCUGGGCUGCCUGAGCUCAGACAUGGAAAAAAUGGGCGUACGCACUUCAGCCAAGGGCCAGUGUGCCUCCUGCGGCAAGUGCAUUGUGGGAAAGAUGAUCACAGCCCUGGGGGAAGUUUGGCACCCAGAACACUUCGUCUGCAUGGUAUGCGGAGUGGAACUGGGCAUCACUGGCUUCUUUGAGAAAGAGGGGAAGCCAUACUGCGAGAAGGAUUACCAAAACCUCUUUGCCCCCCGCUGUGCCUAUUGCAAGGGCCCAAUCCUACAGAACAUUUUGACAGCCAUGGAUCGCUCCUGGCACCCUGAGCACUUCUUCUGUGUGGAGUGUGGGGAGUUGUUUGGGCCAGAGGGGUUUAUGGAGCGAGACGGCAAACCUUACUGCAGCAAGGACUUUUACCAGCUCUUUGCACCCAAGUGCUCUGGUUGUGGGCAGCCUGUGAGGGAAAACUACCUGUCUGCUGCCAAUGGAACCUGGCACCCACAGUGCUUUGUCUGUGCUGACUGCUUCACCCCAUUUACGGAUGGCUGCUUUAUGGAGCUGGACGGCCGCCCACUCUGCACCCUGCACUUCCACUCCCGGCAGGGCACGCUCUGUGGGGGAUGUGGCGCACCCAUCUCAGGCCGAUGUAUCGCCGCUCUGGAUCACAAGUUCCACCCUGAGCACUUUGUCUGUGCUUUCUGUCUACGGCAGCUCAGCCAGGGGAUCUUCAAGGAGCAGGGGGGCAAGCCCUACUGCACCGCAUGCCAUAGCAAACUCUUCCUGUGAGGGCCAGGGGGACCACCUUUGCCCCAAAACCCUCCAGGCACAUUCCUUUACUGAAAACUGCACAGCACCUGGGGUACACACAUCUACAGUCUCUGUGCACUAAUCAUCAUCCUGGUGCUUGAGGCUAUCAGCAUGCGCAGGACUGCAGCUAUCAGUCGUAGCACAGAGACCGAAGGCUAAAUGAAUUUACUUAGCACAAGGAUGAGGUCAGCUGAAUUUUUAAAAAUUUAGGUGUACCAAAGUCCAGGAUGAUGGAUGAGAACCACUGUAAUGAAGGUAUAUCUUGUCAUAUAACUCAGGAUCAGUCAAUCACAGUAGAAAUACAUUGGUGAAUUACCUGUCCAAAGUAUAUACAUAUUGGUUUUGAUGGAAUGUGUGUGAAAGAGGGUCUCUUGGAAAGAUGGAGUUGUGAUUAGUUCUGAUGUUUUUGUAAAAUCUUUCUUGAAAAUUAUGAAAUCCUCACAUUUUGUAUACUAAAGGGAAAUAAUAAAUGGUUGAA